GCCAAUGCAUUGUGGUGAUGGGUGGCGAGGUACCGGUAGCUGUAGCUAGUUGAAAGAGACAGGCCUCCUUGGUAUCGUGGGCAACAUGUCACCCGUUCUUCAUCGUUCUCUUUCUCGAGUUGAAGAGGCUCCUUGCAUAAUUCAGGGACAUCCAGAAAAUGGUGAUAGACACAACUCUUCGUUAGCUUUAGCUAUUGUCUAGCAACCCAAGCUGGUUUUCCUGAGUGUCCCAGACACAAAAAGCGUCAAACCGAAACAACAGCACGGUCACCAAAGCAACUGCAAACCGAAUCCAAGAUGGUUCUCGUUCUCUUAUUACAGUGUCAAUCACCGAAUCUACCAAACUUCACUUCGUAUGGUAUCACCAAGCCAAGAGCUCAUAAAGCUCCAUUACUACGCACGAACUGAAACAAAAGAAAGAACAAGAGAACCCUGGAUUGCUAGAAAUCAAAAACUCCAACAAUGACACGCAAACCCGGCCACAACAAGAUCAAUGCUGGCAUUGACGUCGCGGCCGUCCUGUCGGGUGUGUUUUACGGCACCAGCAUGUUUGCCGUUGGUUUUCCCAUGGGUGCCAUUCGAACUCUGGCCAUCGAGCCCUUGCUGGGGGAUGAGCUGGAAGCCGUGUUGCUGGAAAUCCCAAUCAUGCUACUCUUUUGUUGGCAACUCUCGAAACAAGCUCUCAUGAUAUGGCACAUUCUGAACGCUUGUGCAGGUCUCUUCUGGGACAGUUAUCAUACACAUACAACUACCAUCUUUACCAUCAGCUUUGGAACUCUACUAUUGUGGGAAAUGGUACUCUCCGUGGUCAUCUUCCACAAGUCUCUGGACGAAACGCGUCACGAUCUUGGAACGGCAAAGGGUGCCUUUGGCUUGGCAGCUCAGCUCCUCGCCUGCUCUUUUCCAAUGAUUCAAGAAGUGGCGCUGGAACGACACAUGCUCAAGGAUACUUAGCUUGGAUGAUGCGGAGUAAGUGAACCAGUUCGCGGUAUCAACGUAAACAAGAACAGAACAACACGAGACGGGAACUGUACCACACGCACCUCGGAGACAACACGCUGAAGAAGGAUGCACCACUAACUGCAUGAUAAUCUGCAUAACUACAUACAUGUUGUACUAAAGCUUGCUAUGCAUCAUCGCGGGAUUGCCAGUGGAGUAUUAUUCGCACUACUAGCCUACA